AGCUGUCAUUCUACCGUAAAGGUCUCGUGUACGGGGGUCCCGUGGGUUCCCCCUUCCCCGGGGGGUUGGUGUGGUUGAAUGCGGCCAUGGAAGUUACUUGAGCCUGAAAUGAUUGAUUAUACUAAUGGUCACUGCAUAACUCUGGAGGGUGACAUAUGCUACUUGGAAUCUUCUCCCAGUGCCUGGAGGCAAAAGCAGAAACCAACCUCUGUCAAUAUCAAAUCACAGAAUCAGAAUUGGGCAAGUCUAGGAUUCCCAACCAGCCUGAUCCCACCAGGAUUUACAAAAGGAUCACCAUUCAAAUGGAGCUGGGUUACAGUGCCUGUGCCUGCCCAGGUGCUGGUGUGGUACCCUCGGCCUGGUGGUGGAAGAUGGAAGCUGGAGGAAUGUAUCAUCAAGAUUUUAUGUUCCAGCAGACAAUGUUAAGAGUAAAAGAUCCUAAGAAGUCAUUGGAUUUUUAUACAAGGGUUCUUGGAAUGACACUGCUUCAAAAAUUUGACUUUCCUACUAUGAAGUUCUCACUGUAUUUCCUGGGCUAUGAAGAUAAAAACGAUAUCCCAAAAGAUAAAACGGAGAGAACACCUUGGACCUUUUCUAGAAAAGCUACACUCGAACUGACACACAACUGGGGCACUGAAAAUGAUGAAAAGCAGUCUUAUCACAAUGGCAAUUCAGAUCCCCGAGGAUUUGGACACAUUGGGAUUGCUGUUCCUGAUGUCUAUAAAGCUUGUAAGAGGUUCGAAGAACUAGGAGUGAAAUUUGUGAAGAAACCAGAUGAUGGUAAAAUGAAAGGACUUGCAUUUGUUCAGGAUCCUGAUGGCUACUGGAUUGAAAUUUUGAAUCCUAACCACAUGGUGACUCUCACUUAAUUCUAAUGAAAUAUAGUAUAUAAGAGAUGCCCACCUGCAGUCCCCUGGUGAAAAUCUGUAACAGUGUUGGCGAAAUUCUUGUUUAAUAGGAUUCAGUCAUGUUCAGAGUCUCCUCUAAAACUAUCCCCUGGACUUGACUGUACUUGGAUUCCUUUUUUUCUUGUCCUGUGUUGCCACCACAAUUUGUUUCCAUGUAGGAAUACUGAACCAUUUUCUGGAAGAGCACUUACACAGAUUCUCCUCUUGAACACUGAUUAUGUUAAUAUUUCACUAAACACUGUCAAAAGAUAUGUUGACUGGAAACUCACUGCAUCCCACACUGCUUAGAUUUAAACUAACAACAAAAAGUCCUCUGUUACUACUGAUGAGCUUCAACAAGGAAGAAAAAAAGAAUAUUUUUGAGGUAAAAAGAUCCUGAAGACUUCAUGCCCUAUCAUGUACACUAGAAAAUAAAAUGUCAGACGAACUUUGACAUGAGUAGUAGCAUGUUUAUCGAAGUUCUAAUCUUACUUAUAUUAUACCAGGCAAACCUCUUUAAGGAGCAGCCUUAAACAGUCUUGAAACAAGAAACUUUGUGGAGGCAAUCAAUCAAUCCAGCAGAAAGAAUUCAGUCUUGCAGCCCCUGACUGCUGAUUUACAGCCAAGAUAAGAGGUCUCAUAGCUGCUAACUCACAGUGACCCUUCUUGUCUCUUUCAACACUAUGAAGAACUUGCUCAUAAUUUUUGUUUCAAUGCAAGGCUGGGGCUGUAUUUAACUUCAGUGCUCUGUACAUUCUGCAUUGGGAAAUUAAUAAAAAUAGUAUCUGAAACAA